AUGACAACGAGCAUAUCAGAUUCGUAUUUCUCGUUAACACCAUGUACUCGUCUUUCUCGUAUGGCACUUGACUCUGAAUCUGAUAAUGAUAUGCAUUUUGAGUUUCGUGCAACAAACUUUAACGAAAGGUUAAUGAAGGCAGCUCAAGAAGAAAGUGAAAACAAUCAAAUAUAUGAUGAUUCAACAGGUAUUCAAAUUAAUUUUCCUUUUUCAGAAGAUGAAGGGUCAGAUGAAGAAGGCAGUUUCAGUUUUGAUUCAUAUAAAAUGAUGGAUCAAAAAUCAUUAUCAAGGGAGAGUGAAAUGUAUUUAACACCUUUACCGAAUAAUAAAGAAAUGAUAAUGAAAUCGAUUUUUGAUGAAGAGGAAGAUGAACAUUAUGAUCCUACUAUAAAAUGGUUAUUAUCUGUUUAUGAAGGCGAUGACGAUAUGGAAGAAGAAAUUAGGAUAGUCUAUUAUGAUGAUGAUAAAAGUAACAUUGAAAAUAAACCACCACCAAAUUAUGAGCAAAAGGCACGACAACUGAAUUAUAACAGAACACCAUUCAAAGUCAUUUACUCUAAGGAUGACGAUCAUCACUCCUCGUUAUCAGAUCAAGAAGAAUUACCUAUUAAAAAGAAAGUGAUUCUUUCUUCUAAAAAUGAAUCAUACAAGACAAAGGCAAUUUUAAGAUCUUUAUCACCUCCUCGCUUUUUAACAAAACAUAAAGGAAAAGAGCCUAUGCGGGAUUUAUUAUGUUAA